AAAUUUAAAAUCUUCCUAAGUCCGAAGUUCCACCCCUUAAUCUCCACCGUUUGAUUCAAACCCUAUCACAACACACAUCCUGUCUCUCUCAGAGUCGCAUCACUCAGAUACUCACAUUGGCAGGCUCGCAGCGGUGCAUGCAUAUCCUGAUCGAGCUCCCUCCUCGUCCCCGACUCUCCAUCGUCUCUCUCAACCCCAACUCGAGCUUGUUGGAAGAAAUUCUCACCAUAUUACUGAGGCAACCUUCAAAGCAUUUACAAGGAGUCUCAGACAAGCAACAGAAUCUGCCAGUUUCAGUUCCUCAGCCGCUCUCUCAGUCACAUGCACAGAGAUCGACGUCGUUUUGAGUAAUUAUGGCGGAUGACGAUGGAAAAUUACCGAUUUUCUCCUCCACCAACGACGAUAUAAUCGUCGAGAUAAUUUCAUGGCUACCAGUCAUAUGUCUCCUCCGAUUCCGUUGUGUAUGCAAGUCAUGGCGCGCCUUAAUUUCCACUUCCGAUUUCAUCGCCAAGCACCGAGGACGUACCAACUACAACGAUAACAAUAAGAAUAUCUUGAUCAUCUUUAAACGUCCCCCUCUACUUUCCCAUCAUUUUCGGGAUCCGCCAUCUCGAUUUCCCCAAAUCGUUGACUACCAAUCACUGAAGAAGAAGAACGAUGCCUCCAGCGUCUCCGCCUCCGCGUCUGCAGCAGCAAUACGAAGCCGACGUAGAGACCUUGAAGAUGAAUUUCCAGAUGAUACUAGUCUCAACGAUUCAUCCCUUGUGGGUUCUUGCAAUGGCCUCAUCUGCCUACUACUCGACCCUCCACCUAGUGAAUGCUAUCCAAAAUCCUAUGAAAAUAUCAGACUUCUCUUGUGGAACCCUAGUACCAGAAAAGCCCGUAAGUUACCGGACAUUGAUUUGUUUCGUUUCGGUCCACUUUAUUAUGGACUUGGCUAUGAUUCCACCGCUCAAGACUACAAGGUCUUUUUGGGCGGUUUUAAUUAUCCCGAUGAUCCAGGACUGGUUGCAAUCUUUGCACUCAAAACGGGUUCAUGGAAGAUUGUGGGAGCAGACCACAUCGAUGCUUCCUUGAUAGAAAGCCGUCGGCGAGGGUGCUUCUUAAAUGGAGCUCUACAUUGGAAUCAGAAUGACAGAAGGAACAAGGGAACAAAAAUCUGGUCCUUUGAUUUCGCACAGGAGAAAUUUCGUUCGUUUUCCUUUGUUAGGCAUAAAGGAUAUACUACAGAUGCGGGACUGGUGACUAUUGGAAAUCUUCUCUUCUUUUACACUUCCUGCCAUUGCCUUACAAAUCAUCAUGACUUGGAGGACGCCGGCCUUACCAUAUGGGUGAUGAUGGAAUAUGGGGUCGAUCAAUCUUGGACAAUUUUCGCAAAAUCCGCUCUGAGAUUUUCCCUUCAGAUGUGAAGUGGGUGAUGCCUAUAUCCCAUAUGGAAGAUGAUGGUGAAGUUUUGAUGCAAUCGAGUCAAGGUCACUUGGUGUUAUAUACCAAGGCAGAUGAAGAGGAAGAAGACACAUGCAAGAUUGUACUCAACAUUCCUGGUAUUGAAGAAAUUCCGGCUUUGUACGUGCAAGCCGUUAUAUACGUGGAAACUUUGGUUUCACCGGUGACUGGCAACGCCUAACUCAUACAUUUGAUUUGAAACAUACCAAUUGGAAUUGCGAGCCUUUCCUUCCUUUGCUCUUUUUAUUAAUGUAACAAUGUAAUAACGUAAUUGUCGAACAAAUUAAGAUACUGGCUAUUAUCCAGUGUUAUUUAGAUUUAUACUACUUACUCUCGAUCUCUUCCUACUA